AUGAAAACCGGGUUACAUCCUCUUGAUCGAAGUAAUGUGAUCAAAGAGAAAAUCCUACAAAAUGUAGACUCUGAUGUUGAAUGCGAUACUCAAUCAUUAUUAAAUCUAACAACCACCAGCACACCUGUAUCAAGUCGUCGAGUAACUAAAUUAUAUACAAAUGAUUUGCAUCCAGCUUAUUGUUCAGAUGGAUUUGCUAAAGCCGGAAUUUAUCCAUACGACAAAAAAGCGAUACCAAGAGAGAAAAUAUCGUAUUCCGCAACAUCAUCAUCUAAUAGUGGUCAACCGUGUUUAACACGGACGUUAUCAAAUGAAUAUUUAUUGCCUGUUCAUGGUCAUAUGACAAAUAAUACUGGUAUUUUAAAUAAUAAUGAGUCUGGAUAUUAUCGAUUGAGAAGAUCACCAUCAGCGCCACUAUUAAGCUGUACACUAAAAGAUUCAGCGUCAGGAGUUCAAAAUGCUAUAACUACAACACUGCAACGCUAUUUAACACCAACUAUUGUCCGUAAUACUCAACGCAAAACAAUGGUCGAAAGGAGUUCCGACAAAAGUCUGACUAGUGUCGAAGUGCUACAUCAACUACAAAGAUACAAGCCAGCUGUACAAUGCUGUAAAGUGCUUGUACAAUAUAGUACAAGCCAAAGAUAUAGCGAAAAAGAAGAAAAAAAAUAAAAGCCAAAGUCAUCGCUAACCUGACGAAAAAACUUCUGUUAGGUUCCCGGGUAAACUAAGAUCUUUCUCACCUAACUUUUAUUUACAAAUAAGAAAAGAUAUCUCUUAACAAUAAACUCGAUCUAUUUAUACUCGCAAUGUUGCGCAUUCCUUGACUAGACUGUGCGCAAUAACCUUGACUAUUCUUGUACCAUAAUCUUCAAUAUCUUGUUGCACCAUAACCUUGAAUAUAUUCUUGCGCAAUUACUUAGACUAUAUGCUUGCGUGAUAACCUUAACUAUGAUCUUCUCCUUUAUGGCACGAUUGUAGUGUGUCACAUAACACCUCCCCCCAUAAAACAAGAUGAACUUCCACGUUCAUGGAAAACUGAAUGCUUCUCAAAGUGCCUAUUGUUGUUCAAUGUUCCAGCACUGCCACUAAUUUUAUCGUUCAGGAAUUUCGAUUUGAGCACGUUCAUUUCAGCAACUGCAAUUUGUAAGUUGCCAUGAGAAUAUAGGCAAAUGCAAUAGUAGAUCAGAAGCUGCCACCAUCUUGAUACAUCUCAUUUACUAUUUGCCAGGAUGGUUUGCCUUGAUUGCUAAUUUGUAGUUGUUAGUCACUAAGCAGUGUUUGAAUUCAGUUGUCAGAUAUCAUGGAUUACCACCACCUUAAAUUGAUCGUUGACUUGUUCCGGUUUUAGCCAUUGGGGAUUUUGUUCAAUAGCACAUGGGACAUCUAUCAUCGAAAUUUCUUACCGCUUUACCAUCGAAGUGAAAGGAACCUGCCUACUUUUAAAUUUUCAUUUCAGGUGUCCAGAUGUUGCUGCUCUGCUUUUUUGUUCUUACCUGAUAAUCACUGUUUAUUUCUCGUUCAAAAUGAAGAUAUAGAACUUUUCUAGAACUAAACAUGUUUUUUUCUUUGAAUUUUUCUUAUAUUGUUUGUAUUAUGAAAUAUAGAACAAACAGUUUCGUCAAUGAAAUGAUGCAGCAGAAUUAGGGAGGAAUUGCUACUCUGAUAGACUUUUAAUUCGAGAAGUUAGAAGUCUUUUUCGUCAAUUGAACUCCCUCAAAUAGCGCAGCGUCCUUAAUGAAUCGCUGCUGAUAAACAUCCUAAUCCUUGUAGUCAAACGAUGUGAACUGAACACAGCGAGAAAGAAAAGAAACACUUGUUUAUCAGCAUGAAUAGGAGUUUUCGAAGUACAACAGAACGCGUCUGGAUGUCUCUUUCAACAGAUAGUGUCAGAGAAAAGCGCAUGAGAAGGAUGUAAAUGGAACUCGGUAAUGUCGGCUUUUAAGUGAAGAUCCUAUCCGAAUUGGAAGAAGCCUUCACCCCGUAUCAAUUGGCAUAUAUAUGAAUAUGAAUGAUCAGUUGUGAAAUAUAUGUCGAUAUAAACACGUGGACAGAUUUUUGGCUAGACGGAGGAUUGCCGUCAAGAGGUCAAAUUUAUUGUUCUUUGAAACCGCUUCCAUUCGAUUCAGCAUCCAAAAGUAGGUAUAUCAUUUUCAAGCUAGGCUCAAGAACCUCUUGGAUGUUGAGAAACUGUGAUUUUCCCGAAAGUCCCUGCCGCUUUUCGCAAAACCACCCAUUUUUCAGUGUUUCACAUAUAGUUCCGCGCAUUUUUGUGCAGAUUCCUUGAACAAUAUCUCAUUCGACAGAGCGCAAAAACUGAAUGAAAUGAAAUAUCGUUCAUAAUUUUGAAGUUAACAACUGGUGCUGAAAUAUUUUACAAUUUGAAGUUUUUGAAAUUUUAAAAACCUAGUUUUUUCGAUUAAAUCGAAAUUUAAAUACACGUCAUAGCCUCAGAAUCAAAUCAAAGUAAGCACAUUUUAUAGCCCUCGUAAUUCACUGGAAGAAUGCACUGGACGAAAGCGGCUUUUCAAAAAAUAUGCAUAUAUUGCAAUUUAGUCUCUUUAUAAGGUGCAGCUAAUGUAAAAUUCGAAAAAGCGAGUUUUACGAAAAUUUGGGUUUUCAGGCUGUUUUCACCUAUUACAAAAUUCACUAUUCACUCAAUAAGCAUCAGAACGGGUUCAAGACUUCAGGAUAUGGUCGAUUUUCUCCGCUGAAUGUGAUUAUAAUAUUGAAAAAAUCGAAAAAGCAUAUUUGCGUUAAUGGGCUUUCUAGAAAACCUUUUGGAAAACCUUAGGGCUUUUAAAUUUUCUUUUAAGAUCUCCUAUAAAUAGGAUAUAGAAUAGCUUAAAUACUUUAUAUCCUGAAGUCUUGAACCCGUUCUGAUGCUUAUUGAGUGAAUAGUGAAUUUUGUAAUAGGUGAAAACAGCCUGAAAACCCAAAUUUUCGUAAAACUCGCUUUUCGGUAGACUUUUUGAACUUUUUCUAAAAACAAAUAUUGCCA